GGAAGCUAUCCCGGCGGGCUGCGCGCGCGGCUGCGUUUGAAUGGCUCGCAGUGGGGCUCGGCCCGGGAGCCGAGGGAUCUUCUGGGCUACCGAGCGCAGUUGGUUAGUGCCGGGGCUGGGCUGAGGCGCCGCGCUACCAUGAGGCGCCGAUCUGUUUGGAAACUGAGUUAUAAUCAGAAGGAAAUUACUUAUGUAUAUUCAGUGGCAUCAGUUGACUACUUAGUGAGACUGACUCCAUUAUAAUGUAGCCCACAACAUUGUUUGGAUGGUUUCUCAGUCUGGAUGGCCUGUGUUAUUUUGCAGUAACAACCCCCAAAUCUCAGUGGCUUCAAAUAACAAAGGUUUAUUUCUCCUUGAUUCAUCUUACAUGUAUUUAAGAGAUUAUGGCAUCUGAAGCCCACAAUGUUAAAAAACGAGGCUUUUGUAAUAAUAUUGAGGAUCAUUCCACUGAUCUUCCUAGAAAAAGGAUCUCUAAUUUUACUAAUAAGAACAUGAAGGAGGUUAAGAAAUCUCCAAAACAGUUGGCUGCUUACAUAAAUAGAACAGUUGGACAAGCUGUGAAAAGCCCAGAUAAACUACGUAAGGUGAUCUAUCGCAGAAAGAAAGUGCAUCCUUCUUUUCCAAAUCCUUGUUACAGAAAAAAACAGUCCCCUAGAAGUGGGGGCUGUGACAUGGCAAAUAAAGAAAAUGAACUGGCUUGUGCAGGUCACCUGCCUGAAAAAUUACGCCAUGAUAGUCGAACAUAUUUGAUUAACUCCAGUGAUUCUGGUUCUUCACAGACAGAAAGCCCAUCAUCAAAAUAUAGUGGGUUUUUUUCUGAGGUUUCUCAGGACCAUGAAACAAUGGCACAGGUUUUGUUCAGCAGGAAUUUGAGAUUGAAUGUAGCUUUAACAUUCUGGAGAAAGAGAAGUAUAAGUGAACUUGUAGCUUAUUUGGUGAGGAUAGAAGACCUUGGAGUUGUUGUGGAUUGCCUUCCUGUGCUCACCAAUAGUUUACAGGAAGAAAAACAAUACAUCUCACUUGGCUGCUGUGUGGAUUUGUUGCCUCUAGUAAAGUCCCUACUUAAAAGCAGGUUUGAAGAAUAUAUAAUAGUUGGUUUAAACUGGCUUCAAGCAGUCAUAAAAAGGUGGUGGUCUGAACUGUCAUCCAAAACAGAAAUUAUAAAUGAUGGAAAUAUUCAGAUUUUAAAACAACAAUUAAGUGGAUUAUGGGAACAAGAAAACCAUCUUACUUUGGUUCCAGGAUAUACUGGUAAUAUAGCCAAGGAUGUAGAUGCUUAUUUAUUACAGUUGCAUUGAGAGACUUCAUCUACUAAAGAGCAUUUGAUUAUUCAAAACGUCCCCAGACUAGAUUUCCAAAAAAAGAAAGAAAGAAAGAAAGAAAGUCUCACCUGAGAACUGUGAACUGUGGAAGAGAUCAAAACCUUUUUUUUUUUUUUUAACUUUAAAAAGCCACAUACGAAACCACUAAUGAAACCCUAGCAAUCUACUUCACAUUGAAGUGGAAAAAUAUCCAAAAGGAGCAGCUUCAACUUCAAAGAGGUGAAAAUGCACUAUGAAGAUUGUUCGCCUUUGCUGCAUUUGGGAUUUAUAUGGUUAUUUGGUAACAUUGUUUAAGAAUUACUGGGUCUUAAUGCAGUCCUGCAUAAGAAUAUAAUUUAUACUAUGUCAGAAAGAAGACAGGACUUAUUACUAGGAAUCACAAAAACCAAUCAUCGUGACUUUUGUGAAGAUUGUGUUUUAUAAGAAAACACUUAAACGUGUGCAGCUAUUUUCUUAUUUUGAAAAGACUUUGCAAGUUUAAAAUGUCAUAGCAAAUAAUCAAUACUAAAAAUUUGUCCACACUGAGAUACUGUGUAUACAAAAUGCCUUAAUUAUUAAUAAGCCAAUGCAUAUGAUACCAAUAUCUGUUUAAAAAAUUAAAACCAACCAUGCUUCUGGCAUGAUAAGAUCAUGGAAUUAAAUCAGGGGUUUCCACUCAUGUAAAAUGUUGUUAAAACUAUUAUAUACCAUUUUUAAAACUUGAGAAUAUUUUUAGUAUCUCUGAUUUUUCUUUUUGCCAGAAUCAUUGUGUCAUGUGUAUGUGUUAUUACUAUAUAAAAGAAAAAGGUGAAUAUGUAUUUCUAUGAAUGCUUAACUAGAAAUGUCCAUGGAGUUGGCUAAUUUAUAUUCACUUUUUAUUGUAUAUAGAAUCCUAAUAUUUUCAGUUCUGUAUCAUUUAAGCUUUCUUCAUUUGAGUAAAUUCACUAAAUAUUUCUAUUUUUUGCUUUUUUAAAUUCUGCUUUUAUAUCAGUUCUAAUUCUUUUUCACUACUUAUGUUUUAAGGAAUUACAUACAAUGCUUUAGAACUGUUUAUAGUUAGUGCUGACCUUGUGUUCUAAAUUCCAACACUUUACAUUACUACCUCCUCCAAUGGUUGAUAUGAAAUGCCAGCAGACUGUCUGAGGUCUUUUCUUUUUUAAUACCAUUUUUAGUGUCAAUGAACCCACUUCUGGAAUGUCUUAACAGCUGCAUAUCUUAUCUUGAAAAUGAUAGGGAUUCAAAAUACCACUGUUGAUGGUUUGUGCAUCAUCUCAUCUUUAUAACCCUGAGAGGCAUCUGAGUAAAGAUUUUUAGUAAUUGAAUUUGUCUCCAGUAAUCCUACAAGCACUUGAAUGUAAAUCUUUAGCAUUUAUCCAGUUAGCCACUACUGAUGUGAAUCCCAAGCAACUUUUUUGCUUUAAGAAUGUUAUCUUUCACUGAGUUCUAUUUUUUGUGUAGCUAUAUUUUAUAUAGCUAUGUAUUCCUCACAGCGAACAUCAAUUUUAAUAAUUGGUUCUUUUCUUAAGUCUUUAGAAUAAUUUAAGAUUACUGCAUUUCUGUGAUUUGAGAGUUAUUUAAGAAGUUGUUUUUCAGGAGGUGGGAAUUUGAAUAGUAAACCUGCGUCAUCUCUGUGAAACCUUAAGAUGAUGAAAUAGAACCUUUCUUUGUUCCUAUUUCUUUAGUUAUCACUGUCUUAUCUAACACUUUGAACCAGUUAACUCAGUUGGAGCAUGGUGCUAAUGCGGCUAAGGAUGGGAGUUCAAUCCUUUUAUAGGUCCAUUAGCUUUACACAUGUACACAGAACUCUUCAUAGCUACAGAUUGCCACUUCUUGUAGGUAUAUAUCCUGCAAUUCAGCUCUUAGUCACAGGGAAGGUGAUGAGUAUAGCUUAGCAUAAGCCUUUCAUCUCAAAUGGAAAGCUUAAAUAAUUAGUAUAUGUGAUACUAUAGACUUUUAAACUAAUAUUUAAAUUAAACAUAAUAAUGUAAUAUCUAAAAUAUAUGUCACUAUAAUUUUCUCUGGGUAAGACCAUUUUCUAAAUAGUAUCUUUAAAAAUUAAAUUUCAAUAAAUUUUCAGUAAAAAAUAGGUACAAAUACAAAUAAAACAUAGUAAGAAAAGGUGAAAUCCUGUUAACACUGAGUUCUUGUGCCUAAGUUUGGGUUUAUUAAAGGAAAGCAUACUUGGUGCUAUACAAGGCAGCAGAGUCUUUAGUUCACACAUACUAUUCAGUAUCACACAACUCCUAAUUUCUGUUCUUGGCCUUUGCAGUUUACGUUAGUACCUACUUUACUCAAUUAUGAGUUAUGAUUAGUAUUUUUUUAGUACAAAUUUUUGAUAAAAGAUGUUAGGUAAGUAAAUAUUGUUGAACACUUCAGUUGCUCUUAAGCUCCUCGCAUGCUGUUUAAUCAGAACAGUGUUGAUUUGAUCUCCAGAAAGAGCCAAAGAAAGAGUUUACAAAGUAUUUUGGCUGUUGUACUGACCUAGAUUAGGAUAGUUGAUGUCUGUCAUUGCUCAUUUGAUAUUGCGCUGCUAAGCAGUAUCCAGAACUGAGGGACUACCCAACAUCUCUAUGCCUUUUUACCUCUUCUACCGUCUUAGGUAUUCUGUACUUGACUUUGCUAACUUUGCAGGUCUAGGGACGGGAAGUUUAUUGAGGUAAUGGAGGGUUAUAAUCAAGUAAUCAAGUAAUUUGCUUCUGCUAGAGAUCAAGUGAAUGGAUUUUGUAAUAAGUGGUCAUGAUCAGAAUAAAGGUUAAAAGGAAGCAAGCAUUAUCAGAUGGUUUUUAAAAUUAAUCUUUUGGCAGUAAUUUCAAAAGUAAUUGACACAGAUUAUUUACUUGAAUCCUGAGAUGUGAGGAUUUGGAUCUAAAUCCUGUAUCCACUUUGGGGAAUCAUUAAUAUCAGGACUAAACUCUAAGGACUACUGAGGAAUUAAAUCUAAAUGACCUUGAACAUUCUUGAUACAUGUUAUGUCCUAAUCUUAAAAAUCGUCAUUUAGAUUCAGAGCUACAUUUGUGGCCUUUGAAAUAGGCCAACUUAGAACAUUUCUGUAUUGGCAAGUUGUGGAUAUAAUUAACAUUAAUGGAUGAUUUGAGAAAUGGUUAUUAGCUAUUAAAUGCUGAUAAUAGGAAUAACAUUUAGAUAGUUACUUAAAUUACUUAAAUUAAUCAAGGAACUUGAAAAAGCAAAAAUUUAGUAUUUUAGCAAUCAUUCCCAGUUAUCUUUCUUCUUAAGAGCAAGAUGGUAAUGUCAGUUACCUUUGUUGAUUUAAAGAAGGAAAAAAAAAAAAUCACAAGCAACUGACUUAACUGGAGUGAUCCAUUUGGAAGCACUACUUAUCUUUCAAUAUGAACUUUUAUUUUCUGGAUUUACUUCAAAUGGAAAUAAUAUUGCUGGACAUUGUUGGUAGGUAUUUAUUCACUCCUAUUCAUUCUCCCUUAAUUUCUAACUCUAACUAUGAAAAUUGUCAUAAAACUUUCCCAACUAUUCCUGUUCCUUUUUUAUUCUGUAACAAGAAUAUAGAAUAAAAUAUUCAUCCCUAAACACUAUAUGCUUCUAAUUUGUAAGAUAGCUUGAUUAAUUCAGUAACAGCAUCAAGUAUAAAAAUAAGAAUACUGCAUAUUAUAUACCUAGUAUGACAAGUAUAUUUUCCAGUUCUGUACUUAAAAUAACAUUUAAAAUAUUGUAGUCAGUAUAAUGUUCUAUGGGUCAGAUCAUUGACUUAACAACAUCUGCUAAAAUCAAGCGUCAGUAAAAAUUAAGUACAUAUAAAACAUUGUGUGUGUAUAUAUGUAUAUAUACACCCAUAUGUAUAUAUACAUAUACAUGUACAUAUGUAUAUAUGUAUAUAUACAUACACAUACACACACCCCACAAUAUUUCUCUUAAUACACUAUAAUAAAACACAAAAAUACAGUGACUGUGUACCAGUUCUGUGAAAGGACAGCCCUAGAGCUACCUGUAUUUUUCAUAACAAAGCUUGUUAUAUGUUAUUGCUUUAAUAAACAGAAUUACUAUUAUCUGAACUACAAAGUUUUCAAAUAAGAGAUGUCAGGAGUCUAGAUGAGGAUUCAGCCCCCAAAUACACUUGAACUAGUAUUGAUUUUUUUCACAUAUACGCCCAUUAUUACACAAGGUAUACCUCAAAAAAAGUAUAACAUAGGUCAAAAAUUUUAAAGUAUUGUUUAUAAUAUAACAAAUAUCACCCACCUUAAAUAAAGUACCACAGAUACAAUUGAAACCCCAUGUGUACCUUCCCCUGUCCCAUUAUUUCCUUCCUCCAAGGUGACUUGCUCUUCUAAAUACACCCCUGUCAUCCCCCUAUGCAUUUUACAAUUUUCAUGUAAAUAGGGUCCCACUACACAUCCUUCUGUAAUUUGCUGGGUUUUGCUUAAUAUUAUACUAUAUUAUAUUAUAUUAUAUUUUUAAGAUUCACGUCUGUCAAUACACAUGGCUCUAGUUCAUUUGCUUCCAGGAUGAUAUGAUAUUCUGUUGUGAAAAUAUACCCUCAUAUAUUUGUCCAUUUGUUGGUGAUCUAAGUAUUUGAACUACUAUUGAUUCUUAUCCUUUUUAGUAUUCUGUAUUUUCAUUUGGAUUUAAACCAGGAUUUUUUUUUUUUUUUUUUUUUUUUUUACAAUGUCUUGGACCUGGCCAAGACUGUUGUGACACUAUGAAUUUAUACCAUAGCCAAGAAGAGUUGAUCUAAGUAUUUUCUAGGGUAAGAAAAAGUUGUGGUAGUUCUGGAAUACAGUGAAUUGCCAGAAUUACUUGCUUCUAGAAUGAGCAAUGUUGCAUUCAUCAACCAAACCUGCAACAUGGAGCGGAUUAGAAUUAGAUGUCACCUUCCUGAAGUCAGGAGGAAAGUUUUUAGCAUUCAUUUACUCUUCUACUUUGAUUUAAAAAGAAAGAGAAAAAAAAAACUUCAUUUGCCCUUUGUAUAAAUUUAGUUAAAUAGGUGAAUGAGGGCCUAAUUCACCCCUCACUUGACCUGCAGUCCACUCACCAGUUCCUUUCUAUAAAUCUGUAGUUUAGCCUCAACAACAGCAGGAAAAAUGAAGGUUGAUACUUUUAGGCAGAUUUUAAAGCUUCAAAAAGCUUUAGAAAAGCCCUGUCUUUCCCUUUACCCAUCCAGAUUCCAUUCCCUCUACUACGAAUAGAUUGGAAAUCAGUAAAGGGGAUACCCAACUCACUUUUCAGUCUCUUCUUUUGAAGGCUUCUCUGCCUGUCCUUUAGAUGUUGGUGUUCAAGGUUUUAUUUUAAGGUCUCUUCUCACUACCAGUUCCCUGAAAAACGUUUAUUCCUGUGACUUUCUUUACUAUCUACAUUAAUUGUUCUCAUUUUGGGGAUGGACAGGAGGCCACUUUUUGGCGGAUCAAAUGGACGUGGGUUUUUUUUUAAAGGUUGUGAAAACACUGAACUGUACGUUUAUCAUUCUGAAAUAGAGAUCUUGCCCUAAAUCUCUUAGCUCAUAAAUUAUACAUGCAGUCGCCUACAGGAACAUCCAACGGGACAUCUUGUAGACAUACUAAAUUUGGUAUAACCAGAAUUGACUUCAUUAUCCACCUCCACUCCCCUCCAUCAACACUACUCACCCCUCACUCCUACCACCACCCCAUCCCCCCAGGGACAGAAGGUAUUCUGCUUAGGUCCUGGGCUUCCAUUCUCACUGAAUAGCCCUAAUAUCAGCAAUUAUCAAGUUGCAGAACUUUGAAUCAUCAUCCUUUGAAUCAUCAAAUCCUUGGUGCGACUUCCUCAAUUUCUCUCAUCUUUCUGUAUCUCUCCACCUCUCCUGCCAUUAUCUUAGUCUGCAUUAAUUUCAGCAGCCCCCAGACUGGUCUCGCACUGGUCCUGCAUCUCUAUAUGCUAUCCUUCACACAUGCUGCCCCAGAAUGGUCUAUAAAGCACAAAUUUUCUCUUAAAGCCUCUUAGAGUGAACAGAUACUGUGUGUUGACCGCACUUCUUCCCUUCUUCCAGUACUUCAGCUAGAAUGAACUCGUUUCAGUUUCUGGGAAAACUGCAAAUGCUGAAAACAUUCUUUGCAAAUGGUUUUGUUUGCCUGAACAUUCUUCCCGAGUUUUCAUUUAUCAUUUUCUUAAUGUUCAGGUCUCAGCUUAAACACAGUUUAAACACGUCUUAAAACUGUUAAGAGGUAUUUGCUGCACACUCUUAUCUUAACCCUGUUCUCCUAACACGACCGAUAUAUGUGUUUUCUAAUUGUUCAUCUGUCUUUCCAGCUAGAUUGGUAACUUCAUGGGGCCAGAGACUAUAUUCUCUGUCACAUCUCCAGUACCAAGCACAAAGCCUGGCAGGCAGUAGGCAUUGAUUCUUAAUUGCAUUGCAUUAAAUUAAUGCAAGGAUGUGAUAUCUUUGGGCAUACAUCAAGGAAGUAAUUGAAUAAUCCAAAGCUGUUUGUGAUAGCAGCUAAAAUGUGUAAUUUUAGAAUAAAAAUACCCAGUUUUUUUACCUCACUUUUUUGUUUUAGGAAGUUGGUUUGUAAAUGUUCAUGCUACAGCAGAUAAAACCUGUUUGAUUCUUAGGGGUUGUUACAUUUGUUUUUCUAUUGUAUAGUUUCUACAUUUUACACAAGAUCCAUGUAAAAGAGGACCAUCUAUAAAGUGCAAAGUAAAGGUAUUUUCAUGUAAUGUGUAAAACACAUACAUUUGCUUGAAAUUUAGAGCAUCUCUUUGAUGUCUUGUGUUUCUCCUCUUCUUUUAUCUUAAAAUAAUUGAGAAUCAUAUGAGGUGCAGUGGGAUUUUCCCCCCUGUAAGUUUCUUUUUUAAAUUACAAAAGUAGUUCAUACUUAUUUUUGAAAAUAGAAUAAUAAAAAGAAAAUUAUCCAUUAUCUUAUCUACCUGGAAGAGCCAAUGUGUCUCCUUCCAGAUUUUCUUCCAGGUAUAUGUAUAUUUUUAAUGUAAAUGGAUUCAAACUCUAAUAUUGAUAUUGGGUAUAUUGUUUCCUACUUUCCAUAUACUGGAAAAGCUUGAAGGUGACUGAAAAACUUUUUGCCUAUUAAAGCUAUGUAUUCUGAGCAGUUAUUAAUUUCUGUGGUGAAAUUGGGAAGUAGCCAAAAAAAAUGUGAGAAUUACUUUUGAAGCAUUUUUACUAUAAGAUUCUGUUUUCUUUGGCAAUUGCUACUUAUUACCUAAUUUUUAAAAAAUGCUAGCAAGAGGGUUUAUGAGGAAAAACAAUUUUUCUAUUUUGAAAAAGAAACACAUAGGUGUGUUUAAAUGAUCUUAAGUAAUUAGGAACAAAAUUUCAACUUAUGUUCUGGUGUAUUCUAGCGAUCAAACUAAUUUUCUAAUUAGGUCAGCCUUUAUUUCUGAAACUGAUAAUGUUAAGCAAUACUCUGAAUAUCAAGUCAGUAUAAAACUAAGAUUUGAUUUUUAGGGUUCAGCCCUAUCUGAAUAAAUCAAUUCCUAAUAACCUGUCAGUAUAUUUUCUACAGAAAGUCUAUCUAGUAUAUGUGCUGCUGAAGUGAGCACCAGAAACUCUAUCUAAUGAAGUGCUUCUAACUGAAUAAUUUUCUCUUCUGCCUAAAUAAAUUUCCUUAGAUUCUUUUUUUUUUUUUUAAGAUUUUAUUUAUUUGAGGAAGAGAUAGAGAACAAGUGAUGGGGAGAGCAGAGGGAGAGGGACAAGCAGACUUCCUGCGGAGCAGAGAGCCUGACUCAGCUCUAUCCCAGGACCCCAGGAUCAUGUCCCAGCCAAAGGUAGAUGCUUAACCGACUGAGCCACCUGGUGACCCAGAUUCUGUAUUCUUAACUAAAAAGUAACCAUUGUAUUCUGUCCUGAAGGAAAGUUAUGUAAUGCUAGAAAUGGAGAAAAAUUAAUGGUGAAUAGGAGGAACAGAGAUAGGUAAAGCAAGUAAUUAUAUACACACACAUUCAGGUGUAUAAAAAAUGUGAAUAUUCUCUUAUACCUAGAAUCAACCUAUUCAAUCCUAGAAUAGGAUUAUGCUGUAAUCAACCAUAAAGAUUAUUAUAUCUUCAUAUGGAAUAAAGGGAGAAGGAUUUUUUUUUUUUAAGAUUUAUUUAUUUGAGAGAGAGAGUGUGUGUGUGUGUGUGCGCGCAUGUGCACAUGGAUGCUAGUCAGCAUGGGGGUGAGGCAGAGAGAGAGGGAGAGAGAAUCUCAAGCAGACUACUGGCUGACUGGUGGAGCCCAACACCAGAGCUCAGUCUCUGUGAGAUCAUGACCUGAACUAAAACCAAGAGACCAACAACUCAACUGACUGAACCACCCAGGAGCCCCAGGGAAGAGGAUUUUCUUAUAAAUGGAUGCACUAAUGACUUUUACUGAAUUCUCCUAUAGCUUCUUAGUGUUUUUAUACCACCUACUAGGUAAAAUUCCUUAGUCUUUGUCAACUCUAAGGUCACACUUUACAUUGGCUUGCUUUCACAUCUAUUUAAAGGUUUGUUUUAAAGAAGAGCAAUAAAACUUCAAUCUCCAUAUUAUUUGUGAAGUUAUUGGCGAUCUACCAGGUAUAGUUUUGUUUCCUUUGAACUUAUUAAGACAAGUAACAGUAAAACAGAUCAACAGAAAAUUGUUAGUACCCUUCUAUUAAUAAUUUUAAAAUAUUCAAAUAUUUUGUGAUUUUUUUUUGUUUUGUUACUCAUAAACUUUAAAGAUAAAUUAAUUAAAGAUAACUAUAUAGCAAUUGAAACAAAACAGACCUAACAUUUUAGGCUUUUAAGAAUGUCUGAUGGUGGGCGCCUGGGUGGCUCAGUGGGUUAAGCCGCUGCCUUUGGCUCAGGUCAUGAUCUCGGAGUCCUGGGAUCGAGUCCUGCAUCGGGCUCUCUGCUCAGCAGGGAGCCUGCUUCCUCCUGUCUCUCUGCCUGCCUCUCUGCCUGCUUGUGAUCUCUCUCUGUCAAAUAAAUAAAUAAAAUCUUAAAAAAAAAAGAAUGAUGGUAUUGAUUCAGGGCCAUGUUGUUGUUACCUUAGUGUGAUAAUUUAAUCAUUUUUGCUUCAUCAGAACUUAUAUAGCUAAUGUAUAUAGUGACUUUGUUCUACAAAUCUUUAAAAUAUGAAAUAUCAAAAGUUUUUGAUGAUAAUUACUACUUUGGUAAAAUUAUUCAUCUGAAGUAAUUUUCUAUAAUUAUUUAAAUGCUGACCUAAGUUUGGAAUUAAAUAAUGAAAGCUAUAGUGAUUCUGAUCAUUGAUGUGUGUUUGCUGUAGUCUUCAAAACCAUAGCUGAUGUUUUAGGGUCGUAUUACACUGUCUAUCUUUUUAAGGAUUUCUUGGACUAAGUUUCCUUGAUAUACUUUUGUAAUUUGAACUAAAU